AUCCAGCGUCGAACGAAAUCUCCACUUAGUCUCUGUUGGUUGUUCUUCCUGGCUACGAAUUAUGUUUUUCUGACUUAAAUUUAUCGCGUGCUUCAUCAGUUUGUUUGUUUGUUAGGUUUAUAAAUUAAAUGUAACGUGUGUUGUCACAAUGUCUGUGGAUCUUAAUUUAUGAUAUAUCUGAGGUCAUAUUGUGAUACUCUGUGCAUUAAAUUGUUUAAUAGUGUUAGCAUAAACCUAAUAAAAUAGACUGAAAACUACAUUUUCGGUUUUUAAGUGUGUGAUAAAAGUUCUGCAACUCUUGCUUACUCUAAUUGUAACACUUCGUCUCCGUCAAAUGUAAAAGUGAACUGUCUCAAGAUCAUCAUGAGUGUACGAGUGGUCGCCAUCUUGUCAGUUGUUUUGAUUUUGACAGUUUUCUGGAAUCAAAGUGGUGCUGUCCUCAAAGAUUAUCGUUUUCUGUCAAAAAACAUUACUUCAACUCUCGACCAGCUUCUAAACAGGAGUCGAUAUGACAAAAGAAUCAGACCAGAUUUUGGUGGGCCUCCUGUGACGGUCAGAGUGAACAUGCAUAUCAAGAGUAUGGGCGCUGUAUCGGAAACAGAUCAGGAAUACGUGAUGGACUGCUACUUCAGACAAUUUUGGUACGACCGCAGGCUAGUGUUCAAUUUCCCUGGUCUCGACGAAUUUUCUUUGUCAUGGCUGUUUCUAGACCGCGUUUGGAAACCAGAUACUUUCUUCUUAAACGGAAAGAAGUCCCACCUGCAUCGCAUUACUGUCCCCAACAAGUUUCUGCGCCUGCGCAAAGACGGAUUCCUUAUGUAUUCCAUGAGGUUGACGAUAAAAGCCAGCUGCCCCAUGCAUUUGAGAAAAUUUCCACUCGACUCCCAGAGCUGUCCUCUCCUUAUUGGGAGCUACGGGUAUCGAAGUGAUGACAUUGUUUAUGAGUGGGACAGGGAACGGCCAGUCGUAGUAGAGGAAAACGUGGAGUUGUCGCAGUACAGGCUGGUCAACUACACGACUGACCAUGUCCCAAAAUUUAUAAGAGGCGUCGACGUGUACUCGGUGCUCAAGACGGAGUUCCAUCUUCGGCGCAACAUCGGAUACUUCGUGCUGCAGCUGUACGUUCCAUGUGGACUCAUCGUCUCUUGCUCCUGGGUCAGCUUCUGGAUAGACCCCGCCGCGGUUCCCGCAAGAGUGCAAUUGGGGGUAACCACGGUGCUAACCAUGACCACGAUGGGGUUUGGCGGCCGCGCACAGAUGCCGCGUGUGUCCUACGCGACAGCAUUGGACUCCUUUGUUAUUAUCUGCUUCUCGUUUGUGUUCGCUGUAAUGAUAGAGUACGCUGUCAUCAACUUCUUUGAUAAAAUUGCGGGCGACAUGAAGAAACUGCUGCAGGAUCGAGGCGUCAAGAAGAAGACAUUGCCAGACACUGCUGAUCUGAAUUCUGAACAGCCCAGGUCUGCGUCAAUGUUGAACAUGUCUUCGCCUUCGAGUCAUAUCUAUAGUGAGAUCGCUGAAGCUGAGUCCCCUGCUGAUCAGGACGCCCACUUGAAGGCCUCGGAUGGAACGGAACAUCGCAAGUCCCUGUCGUUGCUGGCGGCACCACUAAUAGACUCCUUGAAACGAAACAUCGAAAGACGUAAGUCAGAAAUGAGUCUCCAUCUGCCAUCGCUUCCAAUUGUUUCUCAACGCAGGAAAUCAGAAGCCAGUCUAACCAAGCCACCAAUACCUGUCAUAACUGUGACCGGAAAUGAGGGAGAUACAGAGGACCCAGUCGAGGAAGAGUGUGUCAGAGAGGAGAUACAGGGGGGACGCCAUAUUGCCGAAAGCGACGUCGUACAUAUUUCUUGUGAUGACGUUUAUGAAGAGGACUUUGAUGAAAACAGAAAUGAGAAUGAAGAUAAAGAAAGUGGAUGUUUGGGGUAUGUAAAUAUAGUCUUAAAUUUCUUAGGAAAAUGUAUAAUGAAACCAUGGAAAUCUUGGAAAAAUGCUAAUAUUAUGCCUAGAGAAGAAGAAAUAUCUAGAAUGAUAAUAACCGGGGAAACGCCUGAUAAAUUCUCAAAAAUUGAUAUAGAGUCCCGAAAAUAUUUUCCCAUAGCCUUCUGUAUUUUAAUGACGAGUUACUGGUUUGCUUACAUGUAUUACAUCACAGACGAGUUUCCUGUUGCUAAGGAGCAAGUGUUUUAAUUAGAUUAACCACACACGUGUCUUUGUUUCAGUUUGUUAUGUUGGGUAUAUGACAAGUAGGUGCUAUGUCAUAAUUAGGCAAACGAUACUCAAAUGUACGCUUUGAAUUUUCCAUGGCGCUGAGUCUUGUGGUUUGUAACGCCGUGUAGUCUGGUAGAAGUUUACCGUAGUUUCAGAGGUCCUUGCUGCCUCCAUCAUCAGGACGAUCGCUCUACAUGUAUACAUAUAAUCGUAAAAAUUUUGGAUUUUUUCGUCGAUCCAACUAUACGACAGUUUGCACUGCGUUAUAACAAACCAGAUCACCCUUGUAACGGCCUAGGUAGUUCGCCGUGAUUGUGCGGCAACUUCUCCGACUUAUUAGCACUGCGUGUAGUCUAAACAAGGAAGAAAAGGAACUUCAUUCUGUGCCACUAAGCCACAGACACCAUGUUCUGUUAUAUUACGUUAUUUUAGAUGAAGUUUUAUUUCGUGAUGAAACAUGGCUCCCACUAAGUGGAUAUGUUAAUAGCCAGAAGAUCAGAAUAUGGAGUGGGCUGUGCAUUACAGACGUCACUGCAGAAACUCUUCACCGAGUUUCAUCAGACAUGACGAUAAUAGUGAAUGCAGGCGUCUCUGAACGCGGUGGGCACUUCCAACACUCAAUAUAACAUUGCUUUUGUAGGAUUUGAGGUUUUGACGUUGGCGAGUCCGAAGAAGGAUGUCCUCUGGGUUAUUGCGCCGUGUAGUAUGGUAGAAGUUUAUCGACGUUUCAGAGGUCCUUGCUUCCUCUAUCAUUAGAGCGAUCAUUGCCCUGAUGAUGGAGACAGCAUACCAUUUCAUCCUGUCUAGACAAGCAUGAGAGAGCAAGUCAAAGUCCACAUAUAAUAUUUUGAUAUUUUACGCUUAAAUUAUAUACUCUGUUUGUUUAUUUUUUCGUUCAUUACUUUCUUUCUCAAAAUUACUAAUACUUCAUGUAAUUCUCGGCGGCUCUGUUAAAUAUUCUGUGUUUAGGUAUGAAGACCUCAGGGUUCGUUAUUCUCCAAUACCUAGAAAGACCUCGCUAUGGAGUCUCUCGUGUUGCGUGCCUUGCGGUUGUUUCGUGGCACGCGGCAGACAGUAUCUGCGGUUAGAAGACAGCUGCAGACAGUGGCUUCCUUGCUUUGGUCUAAGAAUAUCGAUUUCCUUUAACACACAUAUGCUUUUCCGGUUGCUCUGACGAAGAAUGGUUCCAAUGGAAUCUUCUUAUCAUAUGGUUUAUGUUAGGACGCACUGGACCUUACAUAAAUAGGUUAUAUACGUUUUGUUAAGAAACGUGUAACGAAUAUUAUUGAUACGAAGUUUCGUUCUUUACAAGAAGUGCAUCACGGGAAGUUUGUGUCUGUCGUUCUGCUUCGUCAUGCUGAAUGGAUUUUGAUUAAAUUUGAUAUUGGAAAAUUCCUAACAAACAGCGGACGAAUUUUAUUUUCAUCCAUAUUUAUCUAAUAUAAAACCCAAUCUUAUGGGACAUAAAAAUAAUUUUACUGAUUUUCUCGUAAACGGAUCACCUCACAGAAACCUUAUAGGCUUAUAUGACGUACAUUAAAGAUUUUAUUAAAGUCUGUAACGUCUAUUUCUAAUAUUUUAAUGCGAUAUGUGUUGAAAAAAUAAGAAAUAACGUUUCAAUAAAAUGUUGUAUCCAUGUUAUUUAUUAGGUUUGUAAAAUCAUCACAUAAACAGUUGCUAUAAACUAAUAGUAAAUUUAA